UCUCAUCUCUUUCAGUAUCGACAUACUCCAGAAUCUCUCUCUCCACUUAUUGUCUCCAAAACAGAAAAUUUAACGACCCCUUCUUUCUUGUGAAACAGAGCAUAGCACAGCAGCACAACAGAGACGUUAGACUUUCUGUCUUAAUCUCUCUCUAAAUCCUCUGUUUAACUCCCUUAAGUAAGUUGACUCCUUCUAUCUUCUUAUCUAUUAUGUUUCUCUCUGGCUUUAUUAGCUUUGUAGUUUAAGUCUUAUAAGGAUUGAGUUUUAAAUUAUUUGCUUAACCUCUGUUUUUAUCCUGUUGCUGUUCCUUCCUUGAUUGAACGGCUCGGAACACUGACUUACGUCUACUUGUCAUACGAUUCUGCUCACACUCGGUGCCAUUCGGGAGUCUGUUGAUACCAAAUAAAUUAUUUAAAAGCAAAACUAAGAUGGUUCUAGAAGCAUCGUCUCUUCUGGACAGAGAUCUAUGAAGCCUUGAAAACCAGCACGCUUCGUCUUCCAAUUAUUGGAAAGCUAUGGUUUAUAUUCUUGGUCUCAAGCAUACAGUUUGUUCAGCUGUUGAUUUCGUGCACGGUGUGUCGUCUUCCAUAUCCCCGCUUAUAUCGAAGACAGAACUCGAUCAUUAUCGUAGGUGGUGAUAAUACUAGUGGGUGGUCUGAGAAGAUGAGUGGUGACGAGCUUGAGAUCGUGAGUAAUGCUGGUGUUGUGCUGCUUCAAAGAGUGAUCCCAGACUCAAUCAACAUUCAAGUUUCUAAGGCUGUGAAGAGAGCAGUUGUUUUCGGUCAUCCUUGACGUGGUGAAUGGAUACGCCAAUCCCUAAUGAGCUAUUGGAUUCAGUCGACAUCUUAAUCUUGAGUGAAACUGAGCUCAUUCGCUUGGCAGGAAUGCACACUGAAACUCUUGAACAGUUUAACCAGGCUGUUGCAAAGUGCCAUAAGGUGGAACUGAGUCUAGAAUUAAUGCUCUCUCCGUUGUUGGAUUCAUCUAGAUCAAGAGCUUUGUCGACUAAGAUAGGGGAACGCUCAGCGGUUAUAGUAUUGGAGGAACUUAUGCAUGCAAAAAGACGUGGAGCAAAAGUUUAUGCUGAGCUUUGUGGAUAUAGGAUGUCAAGCGAUGCACACCAUAUUACUCAACCUUCGAAGAUAGAAAGGGAGCUAUUUUGGCCAUGUCACAUGCCUCAAGACAGUCAUAUGCAAAAGUGUUUGUGCUCUCCCAAGACGGCACCUGCUGCGGUUUUCACGGCCGAUUAGAAAAAGAGAAGGUCAAGACCCAGCUUCGUGAGACAACCAGUCAAUAUUUCAGGGUUGUAUAUGAGAAAAUUAGCUUUCGUAAAUUUGCUUGCAAGAGGAUUGUCAACGUGGAGGCAGACUUAUAGGAAACACUUGGCGAAGAGAAUGGUUAACCGUCUUCUUUACAUA